GGCGGCACAUCGAUCCAGUACCGGGCAGUGGACCUACCAUUUUGUCACGAUCUUGCCAGUUCCUACCACCAUCUCAUCUUCGAGGUUCGACAUGACAGCCCAAGAAAGCCAAGGCAGACGAGGAGAUAACACAUACAUAGUCUACUAAACUGUUGGCACCAUGGUCAGAAAAUUAAACCUCAAGAAACACAGCUCUGCUCCUGCUUCUGCUUCAUCUUCUAGUGGCAGCCGAGGCUUUCCCUGCCCCUGCAGCUCCAAUAGUGGCUCUAGUACAAUUAGCAGCGGCCAUGGGAAACGAAGUCGCUUGUCGCAGGUAUCUCAGCCUCUGAACACUACCUUGGCAGUGCCAGCAUGGAAGCUAGCAACCAUUAUCGCCUUGACGUUGUGCUUGGGAAUGUCGCUACGAGAACUGCUUCCAGUGGUUAUGUCUCAAGACCAAUUGACGAUUUUUCUAAAUGACUUGACUACCAGCACUACUACGGAUGGUACCGGUUAUCACCAUGUGAAUCAACCCCAACCCAUAAUCCACGCCGAGGGCACCAAUCGCAGCAUCCUCCUGAUUCAUGUGGGCAAGGCUGCCGGUUCUACCCUGCGUAGAGCUACCAAAGUGCUCUGUAAGAGUUUCAAGGAUCCAAGGAAUCCUCAAAAAGUGUUGCACAGAAGCUGCUGUGGCAAAAAUACACUCGAUCAACGCACCGUUCCUCUCACGGGAAAACUCAUUCAAGAUGUCUACCACAUGUGGGCCUACAAUGAUACCAUCUUUCCCAGAGUGACAACCUACUUGAUUACCGUACGAAAUCCCAUUGAUCGCAUCAUUAGCACGUAUCGGUAUAGCCACCCUGACAACUGUCCCACACAUCUACUCCAAGAAAAGGUACUACUCCCGUGGGCCUGUCAAUUGCACAAGAAUGGAAAAUUGACCAAACCCCAUACACCCACCUAUCAGUUAUUCCGAACCUGCUUUCCAUCAGCGGCCAUGGAAGAUUUUGCCCAAUCCGUGGCAUCCCCCUGGGUCAAUGGCAGUUACUUUGCCGCCAAUCUCACCGUGGCACAACAAUGGAAAUGUCGCAAAAUUGCCCGCUCCGUCGUCACGGGCAAUGGUCCCGCCAAUUCGGGCAGUGCUCCGCAUAUGGAGUUCAAUUAUCACUAUUAUGCCAAGGAAACCAUGCUUCGCUAUCCCGACAAGGAAAUCAUGGCGAUUCGAACCGAACAGGAAUGGGAAGAUUUGUUGCAUCUCGACAAAUUUCUAGGUGGCGCGGGAAUCAUCAAAGACGUCCAACGCGAAAUCACCCAUGGCAGUGCCGACUUUGCACCCUCCCCCUUGUCCAUCCCCGCCAUUCAAAAACUGUGUUGUGUUCUCGUGCAAGAAAUUGAACUCUAUGCUACCAUUCUCCACCGAGCCUUGAAUUUGAGCCCGCAAGCGAAACAAGAGUCGUUGCACGAUGUCUAUCAGACGUGUAAUAUUAGUACCACCACAACUACCGGUACAUUGCCGUCAUGGGACGACUGGAAGAGCGCAUGCCAAAAGCGCUUGGCGGACGAUGCCACGUGGAUCGGGCAGCAAAAACUGGCCACCAGUCGGGAAAUGAUGACCAACAAAUGGGGACAAGGAUUGAAAGACGACAAUGUACAUGUGGAUUGGCAAGCACGAGUACAGGUCCCAAGACCACAGGUUCUUGAUGUACCGGGAGAUGUAUGAAUGAACGAAUAAAUGAAAAAAUUCAACAACAAGGCUCCAUGUAGGGGCUACCGGUACGCAGGAGACACAGCUCGAGAACGCGUUACGAGGCGGUCAGGAGAAGCCAUUGAAUUUUUGGCGCUACUACCGGGUAUGCAGAUGAUCACAAUUCACUCAGGAGGGAAGACAUGGAGUUCACCCUCAUGCAACUCUUUCGAUUAUCGACAGCAAUCUGCCGGAAUGCUAUGACAGGGACUUGUUUUCUGGAGUAGGAGUAAUAGCUAUCUUUAGAUCUUACAAAGCAAAUUGUGUGCUUUCUUCUCUCUUUUCCUUGUUCUCAUCCCACCAUGCUUGACCC